GCGUCAUUAGAGUGUGACUCCAGAUACAAAAUAGGUCUGGGCUACAAAGUAUGGCAGCUGCUGAGGCGGCAGUGGUAUCGUCGUCAUCUUUGGAAACAGACACAGCCCUGGUCCCUGAAACUGCAGGAACAGCCGCAGCAAUGGCCGCCACCUCAUCAGCGACGGCUGCAGCCGCGGCCGUUGCGGCCGCUGCCAGAACCGGAUCCGAAGCCAGGGUCUCCAAGGCCGCUUUGGCUACUAAGCUGCUGUCCCUGAGCGGCGUGUUCGCCGUGCACAAGCCCAAAGGGCCCACUUCAGCCGAGCUGCUGAAUCGGCUGAAGGAGAAGCUGCUAGCAGAAGCUGGAAUGCCUUCUCCAGAAUGGACCAAAAGGAAAAAGCAGACUCUGAAAAUUGGACAUGGAGGGACGCUAGACAGUGCAGCCCGAGGAGUUCUGGUGGUUGGAAUUGGAAGGGGAACAAAAAUGUUGACCAGUAUGUUGUCAGGGUCCAAGAGGUAUAUUGCCAUUGGAGAACUGGGGAAAGCCACUGACACGCUAGACUCUACUGGGAAAGUAACAGAAGAAAAACCUUAUGAUAAAAUAACACAAGAAGAUAUUGAAGGCGUUCUACAGAAAUUUACUGGGAAUAUAAUGCAGGUACCUCCCCUCUAUUCCGCAUUAAAGAAGGAUGGACAGAGACUUUCAACCUUGAUGAAGAGAGGCGCAGUAGUAGCAGCCAAGCCUGCCAGGCCUGUUACCGUAUACAGUCUCUCCCUUCAAAAAUUCCAGCCACCGUUUUUCACAUUAGAUGUUGAAUGUGGAGGAGGUUUUUAUAUCAGAAGCUUGGUCAGUGACAUUGGCAAAGAACUCUCUUCCUGUGCCAAUGUCCUAGAGCUGACCCGAACCAAACAGGGACCGUUUACACUAGAAGAGCAUGCCCUUCCUGAAGACAAAUGGACUAUUGAUGACAUUGCACAGUGUCUGGAACAUUGCUCAUCUCUUCUCCCAGCAGAGUUGGCACUUAAAAAGUCAAAACCUGAGGAGUCUAAUGAACAAGUUUUGAGCUGUGAAUAUAUGACUCUAAGUGAGACAAAGGGAGAAGAUGAUGUAAUUAAGACAUCUUAAGAUUGGUUUGGGAUUGUCGUCAUUUCUUGGUUGACAUUUGAAUCCUGUGUACAGAAUGACAAGCUACGUGCAAAAGACAAACAACUAUUUUUUUUUCCACAUGAUUUUGUCUGUGUGUGUGUGUGAAGAAAAAUGUCCAUCAUUUACAGUUUCUAUGGUGUACAGUUAAUCUGCUCUACAUUAUAAAUAGCCUUGCAGUUAGUUUUCAGUUCUUUGCUCUACUACGGAAUGUUCUUUUAGGAUGUUAUUAUGUUGUUAGAUUGGAUUCAGGAAAAUCACAUCUUCUGAUUUGAUUUUUCUUCCAAGUCUUUUCCUGGAAAAAGUUGAACAUGUUUUCUUUUUUUUUUUUUAAUGAUUUUUUAUUAUAUUAUGUUAGUCACCAUACGGUAUAUCCCCGGAUUCCGAUAUAAAGUUCGAUGCUUCAUUAGUUGCAUAUAAC